AUGUCUCAACAACAAGAAUUAAUUACACUCCACUCCUUCAAACCAUCUUCUUCAUCAUGGAGAGUACGUGCAGCUCUUCAUCAUAAACAAUUGUGGGAAAAGACAACAAUUCAUGAAGUUUCUCUCCUCGAAAAAGACAAUGAAAAGGAAGAAUAUAGAAAAGUAAAUCCAAUGGGACAAGUUCCAUGUCUUGAAAUUAAUGGACAAACAUUAACACAAUCCAUUCCGAUCAUUGAAUAUUUGGAUGUUGAAUUUCCACAAGAAGGUGGUGAUUUAAUUCCAAAAGAUCAUUUGCUUGCUUUCAAAGUUAGACAAAUUGCCGAAAUUAUUAAUUCAGGAAUUCAACCAAUGCACAAUGGUAAAGCUAUUAGAAUGUUGCCAGAAGAAAAGAGAACUGAAUGGAUGGAAUUUUGGAUUAGAAAUGGGUUGACUGUUAUUGAAAAGAUUUUAGCUGAAAAUUAUCCAACUCAAUUGAAUGAUGAUGAAUACAAAUUCUGUGUUCCACAAUAUGGUAAAUUGAGCUUGGCUGAUAUUUGUCUCGUUCCUCAAGUUUUUGUUGCCAAGACUAGAACUUCCAUUAAGGUUGAUACUGAAUUCCCAAUUACCAAUAAGGUGUAUUCUAAUUUGAUUCAAAUGGAUGCUUUUGCUAAAACUCAUCCUCAAGCCAAAUAA